AUGUGCCCGUUUGCACUAAAGUACUGGCACAACUGUAGUUUGGUGUCGUUGGAGAAGCCGCAGAGGGUUAUGAUAGGAUUCCAGGUUAGUAUGAUGUACCACCAAUUCUCCUGUCUCCACAGUCUUCCUUUGUGCUUUGAUAGUUGCAGCGAACUGCCCACAAAUGACUGGAGCACACCAAGUGUUUGUUCAUGCUCUAUUGGGAUGUAAAUGCCAGGCAGUGUGUGUCACAAAAUCCCACCAAUCAGGUGCGGCCAUCUCGGCAGUGUUUCAAGUAGACAAUUAAAGCGAUUUACAGAGUGAUUUAUCCUGGGUUUUCGUCGAUUCUCAAGUGAUUUCUGUCAUAAUUUAAGGAGGAAACUUAGUUGUUUUGUUUUAUAACUUGGUCUGCCACUGUGUGUAUUUUGUGAAGGCGGUUGGAAUCUAUCUCGACUCGUCAAGAGCAAUUUUAAUUUAUUGUACUUCGCAUUCCUCAUAAUGGAUUUGACUCGAAAAUUAUGCUCAUGAAUUUUUUCUGAAACGGCUUUACAUUAAGACAGAACGAUAUACUCUUCGUACAAUCAGGUGGUGUAAAUAGUUUAUUUUUAAAUUAUCGGGGUCUACCCGGGUCUACCCCGCUUAGUUCUCGUGUUAUGGGCCAUUGAAAAUGAAGCGAUCAGCGAUAGUGGGUGGUUCAACUCCUGGGUAACCUGCUGUCAAAACGAACAGAAAGAAGGCAAGGAGAACCUUCCUCUAGAAAGUCGUUGUUCGAUUUUAAGACCGAGAAAUUGUUGUAUGCUAACGUAAAUUUUUGUUUGUGUUUUUAAAAUAUAAAUUGUCAAUUGUGUAUAUUAUAAAUGAUUAUGAUCCGAUAUGAAAUAGUAUGUAUUUAAAUUAUUUAUAGAAAGACAAUAUCAACCAGCCAGAUCAAUGGUCAAUUGAAGAGAGAAAAGCUCUUGUGGAAUAUGUGGCACUUUUCACCCCAGUAAGUCAAGACCAAGCGUUUUCCUGGCCAGCAACCAAAAAAACAGAAUUUUGGGACAAGUGUGCUGAUGGCCAUUUCAUGCUCAACAGGAAAGCAGAAAAGAUCAGGUACUUUUUAAAAUUUUGUAGAAAAUGGUAGCUGUUUCGGGAAAAAGUCAGUUACCAAAAUUAACCGUAAGCCGACUAAUGCAUGUUUAGUUAAUUAAUAAUUUAAUAGUAAUCAUUCAUUUGAUGGUGUUCUCAAUAAUUGGAGCAUUUCGGUUUUUGCAUUUUUGGUUUUGCAUUGUCUGUUUAUUUUCUAUGCAGUCUUACAGAAAAGCUGUUGUAUUGCAAGCCUUGCCAUAUUUUGUUUUCAUAUUGUACUGAUGUAAUGCACCAGUCAAAGUAACCCCCCCCCCCUGGACAAAGAGGGGACUUGGAGGGGAUUUAGUGGCUUUUUGUCAUGCAAUUCUGUCCCAACCAUGUUGAGAAUUUGUUGGUUUUGUCAUUCUGCCGAAUUACGCUGGGAAGAUAAUGGGGAUUGUUAGGGGAUUGUCUGCGGCCAUUUCGUACUGUUUUGUCCAAUGGAAUCCCCAGGUUCUACCAUUUUAUACUAUGUGACAAAGGUCAAGAUGGCAUGCUUCGCAAGGAAGUGAAAUAGAGAGGAAUUUUAUAAAUAUAUUAUUAAUUUAAUUUCUUUUCAAUCUAUAUGUUAAUACCGGUUAAUAUGUCCAUCCAUCCAUGGAAUCUAUUGUUGUGGAAAGCUCAACAUUUGUUUGUUUAUAUUAAUAUCUUUUUAUUGUUCUUUUGAGUUUUGGAACAAAAUAUUAAUAUUUUAAAAUGUGGAUGAUUUUUUUGGCAGUCUGGAGAUUGUCCAGGAGAUAUUAUGCAGGAGAUAAAUUCACUCACACAACUUACAAUUUCCCCCUGGGGGUGGGGCAUUUUUUGUCUUUUGCUAGAAAAUUUUGUCCCAUAUUGUGGGGCAUUUGUCUGUUUUGGUACGGUAUUCGAAGCCAAUCCCCACCUAUAUCGGGGGGGGGGGGGUCGGUGUUUACUUUGACUGGUGUAUUAAGACUGAGUAAAAUACUAAAGUACUGGGCUCAUAUGCCUACAUUGCCAGCUGACAGAUUAAGAGAAAAAAGCUUGGUAUAUUUACAUAGCAAAAACUAAAUUUUAUAGGGAAUGCAUGCAGAUAUCAGGUGAACUCGCACCUAAAGAAAAAGUACAAAACAUUGGAAGAUGCUGAAAAAGAUCUUGGUGUUGAUCACUUCUCAGAAGGUCUGCAAUUUGAUGGAAGUGUGGCAUCUAGUCCCCCUCCAGUUUCAUCACCUGUAUUUGCUCAUUCCCCUAAUACCUAUCUGAGAAACCCACAAGUUGAUUGCCGUGGUGAUGUCAUUGCUAAUAUUGCAAAACUUCUUGGAAGUAUGUCUUCCAAGCUCCGGGAAGACUUUAUUCAAAAACUCUUGCUUUCCCAUUUGCAAGUAGAGUUUGGUUCUGAAUACAAGUCAUUUGUUCCAUCAGACUUUGUUGGAUUAUGUUGUACGGCAUUGAAAAUACUUCAUGAAAAUGGCAAGCAGAACAUAAUUUACCAUCUUGCCAGAGGAUUGGGAACUCAGAGAGCAGAUGGCAGUGGGCCAAGACUGCCCAUAGAUUGGAUGCCCUUUGGAUUGUUAAGCUACAAUAUCCAGUACUUUUCAUCUGAUACAGUGAACAAUUUACGUGCAGAUUCAGACUACAUUAAUUGGGAGACCACAAUGUAUUCUAACUUUGAACACAAGUGGGUGUGUAUGCAAUGCAGUCCAGGAGCAAGCUGAGGGAAUUCUUAGUGAUGCUAGCUCAAUUAGUGAAUCACCAAGUUGAGAAAGUAGUCCUCAGGUGGGUUUAUUGCAGCAAGUGUGGGAGGAAACGUUUGGCAACAGUGCUGGUUUAUCGCUGCCUGAAAAUGAUGUCAUGGAAAUUAAUCCAACUUCAGCAAUGCCAAAUGGUAAUAACAUUAGGCAACCUAAUCCUGUGGAAAUCCUGCAGACUUCACCUUCAGCAGAUGAUGAUGACAAUCUUUCACAAAUUAGUUCUUCAAAUGUCGAUAAUUUGGAUGACUCAAACACUGAGGAACUGAGUUUUUUUGUGGGCACGAUUAAGUUUGGAAGAGCAAGAAAAUGUGUCAUUGGGAGACAAACUCGGGGUCAUUGA